AUGGACAGUUCAUUCUUCCAUAUACCCGUCCACUCAUCGUUCCUACCUACCAUGGCGGCUGAAGAAGACAUGCCCUUACUUGGGCCACGCACACAGCCCGCGACCAAAUCCGAAGUCAAAAGGGUGAUGCUCGCAGGCUUACCGAUGCUGCUUUUGACGGCCGCCGAUGGCGCCUUUAUGCUUGCGUCGUUCUCAACGCUGGGUUCAAACUUUGGUCACCUGGGCGAUGCCGCCUGGGCCAUUAUGACCUAUCAGGUCGGUGUAAUAAUCGGUCAAUCGAUUUACAGCCGCCUUUCCGACCGAUAUGGGCGCAAGCAAAUUAUGCUCUUCGCUCACUUCCUGUUCAUCGUCGGCACAUUCUGUGCAUGGCAGGCGCCGGGCUUCUGGUAUAUUGUUGCGGCACGGUUCCUCGUAGGGUUGGGGACCGCCGGUAUGCCGCUCAUGCUCAAUACCAUCCUGAACGAUAUAUGCAGCCAAAGGAGUAGAUCUGCGUUGCAUGGCGGUGUCCUCGUUGGUCAGUUCUUGGGCAGCAUUGGUGGAGGAUAUACCUUGGCCAAAUAUAGUCCGCAGAUGGUCUUUAGAUGCGAGUUUAUAUGGGCACUCUUGUCCUUUGCUAUUUUGUGCUGGUUCCUGCCCACUAGCAAUCUCGAUGACCUGCCCGCCCAGUGUAAUAUUAGAGGAGCCUUCGUACUUGCAUUUAGUCUGGUAUGCUUGGUUGUUUGCCUCGACAACGACCUUGUGGCAUUCUGGGUACCUCUAGCUCUAUGCAUCGCCGCUGCUCUCGUAUUCGGCUGGCUAGAAAGGCAUGCCACCGUUUCCCUGGUCCCUUGGGAGAGGCUGCAGGAUAGGCCCAUGAUGUAUGUCAUUGGCAUUGCGCCCAUAACAGCGUUUAUUGACAUGUCUAUAUUAAGCCUUAUUCCAUACUAUGUGCAGGCGUCGCACACUGGCUCCAUAGUCACCAUCGGCUGGCUAAACAUGACAUUCACAGUGGCAGAAAUAUUCGGCCACUUCUUAUGCUCGUUGAUCCAACGGGACCGGCAUGUUUUCAUCGCUUCCCGGGCUUUAUCAUCUUUGAGUGCUGGGGUCCUUUUGAUCAAUAAAGACUGGGUGAAGUUGGUGGGUUUGAUCUUGGCAGGCUUGAGCUCUGCCCUUGCCAAUGGUAACUCGAUGACAAUGAUUAUACGGCACACAGAGGUCAAGGCAACAAAUAAGGAUCGGGGUAUUUUGUACGGCAUCUACCAUCUGGUUAUUUCCAUUGGGAACCUCCUCUCGCAAUCCAUGAUCAUUUGGAUGCUCCAAGGCCUCAUUGCACGCUACAUUCGAUCCAGCCUCGAUCAUGACUCUUCAGACGACAUAGACAAGCUUGUCAAGAAAUGUCUGGAAAGCUUUGACUACAUUGACACACUCCCCGACUGGCUGGGUCUGUCAGUGCUGCAGUCGUUCCUGGAUGCUAUACGGACCUGCAUUAGUAUGACGUCCACCCAAUAUUCACUGGCCAGCCGAGUUCUUGGAACUGACUAUACAAUCACUAGGGUACAUUCUGGCUAUUUCAUGCAUGGGGGCGCUCAUUGCCUUCCGCUACGGUUCCAGGAAUCCAGAGGCAAGAGAACAGGAAUCCACUUGACGUGA